CACGUCAUACUCAUAGUUCUGUCACGGGUGUACAAAGUGCGUUAAUCAAAUCUGUACACACCUCUGUGAAGAGUAUGUAAUUACAUGCUACUGCUCUAAUUAUUUGUAACUACAUUUGCAGCGCUCGCAGCAUCAAUGGCAUUAGCGGAAUCUAAACCAAACCUCAGCCAUCUACAGGUGUCUGAGAUAGUGAAGGGGCUCUUUGGCUUGACGCCAUCCCAGAUUCACCCGCUGCCCAGCUACGAUGACCAGAACUUCCACUUGGUGGUCAGUGAGGACGACGAGUACGUCCUGAAGGUAAUGAACACUGAGGACAGUCAGAACCCCACUCUGCUGGAGCUGCAGACUCAUGCCAUGACCUUCCUGCACGAGAGGGGGCUUCCUUCCCAGACCGCCCUCCCCGCCACCUCAGGACAAGUCAUGAGCCUGGUGGACAUCGACUGCGGCUUUGGCAGGCAGAAGUACCUGGUGAGACUGCUGACCUAUUUACCAGGGACCACCAUCGCCAAAGUGCCCUGCUCUCCACAGAUCCUGUAUGAAGCUGGCAAAAUGGCCGCCAAGAUGGACGCAGUCCUGCAGGAAAUGGAGCAUCCUCAACUCCAUGUACUACAGAGGGAGAAGUUCAUCUGGAGUCUGUCCAACAUCCCUCUUCUGGAGCCAUACCUCCAUCUAAUGGACGGGGAUCCUGUACAGCACGUGGUCAAGUCAGUCAUCCAACAAUACAAGACUUGUAUACAGCCCAAACUCGGCUCCUUCCGCAAGUGCAUCAACCACGGGGACUUCAAUGACCACAACAUCUUGGUGCAACCAGAGGAUUCAACCUCCUACAAAAUCUCUGGCAUCCUGGACUUUGGGGACAUGAGCAGCGGCUACUACGUGUUCGAGCUGGCCAUCACCAUCAUGUACAUGAUGAUCGAGAACCCCACACCUCUGGAUGUGGGACGAGACGUGCUAGCCGGCUGGGAGAGUGUUAUUCCCCUCAACGAAGCCGAGAGGGACGCCCUCUACCUGCUGGUGCUCUGUCGCUUCUGCCAGUCCCUGGUUGUGGCCCGCCACACUGUGGUGCAGCAGCCGGAGAACAAAGAUUACCUCAUGAUCACCACCAAGACGGGCAUCCGCCAUCUUUGCCGACUUUGGGAACUGGGCAAGGAGGCGGUGGAGAGGAGGUGGUUUCAGAAUGCCGCCCAGUGUCCUGGCAAAGAGUGACCCAAUGGUCCUCAAGCCCAAGAGGUUUAAGGGAAGCAGUCUCUCUUGAAGGAUAUUUCAGGGACCACUUUUCAUAGGCUGUGUCCCGAUUCUUUUCCCUUCAGCCAGUUCUUUCACCAAUCCAAUGAUUUUGAAUCCAUGUGGAGUCUGCAGGUGCACCUUUUUUUUUAAAGUAUUAAAAAGGUACACUCAUCAAUAUGAAAUCAUUAAAAAGUGUGGCGUGCCUCGAGCUAAUAGUUGGUUGUCAUCCUAUUCUGCAUGAUAAUGUCAUAUUGCUGAGUCUACCUUUUAGCAGACAGACCAUCUGAUAAAAAUGUAUACUCAUUUAAACGUAUUAACUGGAUUAUAUCAGUCUGGCAGUGUGACCUGAGGAAAAUCUGACCUAAAACUGUUUAGAAUCUUGGUCAGUCUCAAAUUUGUCUGAACCCAUCCAGUUGAGAAGUCUAGAUUUUCUCUGGUCUGUGGUAACUCAGUUUCACAUGCAUUAAGUAAUCUCUUAACACUCCCAAAGCUUUGAUUUACGAGUUUAAAAAACAACCAGCACGCAACCAUGACCACUGUAAGCUUUUUAUUGGGGAUCUGUGCUCCUCAAAACGGCGUGUGGAUAAUGUCUGUCGGGAUGAAGGCCAUAUGAUUAUUCAAAUGAGUAGGUCAGAUGAUUUGAGGUGCUUAUGCAUAGCAACAAGUUACUCUGAAUCAGCUGUUGCAGUGUCCACAAUCCAGUGUCCUGUCAAUUUCAUCAUUCCAUUUUUAGGGCUCACUACAAUUAAAGUGUAACUCAUUUAAAAAAAAAUGCAAUUCAGCAGCUAUGACCUACAUUUAACUGAAGUGCCUGUGUAAGAAGAUGUAAUUGAUGUACCAUGAUCAUUUGUUAAAAUCAUAUUUUGUAGGAAAUUAAUCUAAUUCAUUGCAUAAUAAACCUAAAAAUCUGUGAAAUGAGAGAAA